AUGGAUUACAAUCGCGGCAAUCGCUUCCAGUUGCUUUGCCUCGACGACGAUGAGUUGGAAAUGACGUCAUUGAGCCUUAGCAAGGACAAGAAGGCGGCUGAGAAGGCUCUUCUGCAGCCAGUUCUCAAGAAGACAGCACAGAAGGCGCAGAAAGCACCAAAUUUGGAGAAAACGGGCGUGGCUUCAAAGAAGGAUAAGCAGAAGAAGGCUUCGUCUACGAAGGUCAAGGAAAAGUUCAAGAAGAACGCCAAGGCCAAGCAGAAUGUCAGGGUCAGCUACAAGGACAUAGCCAAGAUCAAGGGCAAGGACAAGCAAAAGGACAAUUCCAAGGACAAGGACAAAGCCAAGGUCAAGGACAAGGACAGGUACAAAGCCAAGGUCAAGGACAAGGGCGAGGACAUAGCCAAGGUCAAGGUCAAGGACAAGGACAAGCACAAAAUGAAGGUCGUUUCUUUUUUGUUCCGCAAGAUGGUCAAUCCGCGACCUUUUGACCUAAACAAGUCCAACGGCAAUGGGUUCACUCGUUCGAAGGAAGUAAAGGAAGUCAGCGAAGUAAAGGAAGUCAAGGAUGCCAAGGAAGUGCCGAAGGAACCAAAGCAAAUGACCCUCGACGAAUGGCGUGCCAUGCAGGCCAAGUCCCAAACGAAGAAGCCACUUCAGGAGAAGAACGUGGAGAAGAAUGUAGAGGAUGCCGAGAAGAACGCAGAGAAUACUGAUAAUAAGAAUGUAAAGAAUAGUGUGGAGAAGAACAUGGAGAAAAAUAUGGAUAAAAAUAAGAAAAAGAGUGUGGAGAAGAUCAUACAGAAGAAUGAGAAGGAGGCCGAAAUGAAGGGUCCAGAAUCUCUCGGCGGGAAACCAGAAUGCGAUGCCGCCGGACAAAAAGCUGGUCGCAAGUUGCAGCCAGCUGACAUCCAGUUGAACUUCAGUUACCGCGCUCGCUACUUCGAGAAUCGUCCCGUUCUGAAGAUUUCCGAGGACCCCAAGUUCUGCCCAAAGGUCGAUGAUGAGAUGCAGUUCCCAUCCCUUUCCUAA